CUCACCUCUCACCUCUUUCUUUUUCUUCUUUAAAAGCACAUGUAUCCACACCACAUAUACUCCCUCUGUUCCUUGAUACUAUUACUAGUGUAUCAGCAUGAAUAAUCCCACCGUCGUUGAGAGGUUUUCUGAGUUCUAUGAUAAUUGGAUUUGUAAACUCCAAGAGAUCCUCAAGCAGCUUCUUCAUGUUUUUAACCAACACCACCUUUUGGCCGAACAUGAUCUUCAAUCUCUGGUCUCCAAAGUCACAACACACUUAAAAGAGUACUACACCGUCAAAUGGAGUCUAGCACGCGAGGACAUUGUUAUCUUUUUCUCGCCGCCUUGGCUAACUCCUCUUGAAAAGGCAUACCUUUGGAUCACGGGAUGGAAGCCUUCCACCGCCUUCAAAGUGCUGGAGUCUCUCAAGAAGAGUAACUUAUUUGAGAUGACAGAGGAACAGGAGAGGAAGAUUGAGGGACUUAGGAUGAGGAUGAGGAUGGAGGAGGAGAAGGUUGAGAGGGAGAUGGAGAGGCAACAGGUUGGCAUGGCGGAUAGCAAGAUCGUGAAGCUGGCUAAACGGUCGGGAAGAGCCACGUGGAAGAAGAAUAAUAAUGGAGAAGAUUAUGAUAAACUGGUGCAGUUGGCGAUGAAGGAUGUGUUUGGGGGAUUGGAGAGAAUAAUGAAGGCUUCUGAUUGUGCGAGGUUGAAGACGUUAAAAGGGAUUUUGGAUGUUCUUCAACCAAUGCAGUGUGUCCACUUCUUGACUGCUAAUAUCACUAUACAACUUCGUCUCAAGCAAUGGGGUAACAACUGCCAACUGAUUCAUGAUUCUCAUGCUGGAUCCAUGCAGGAAUCCAAUCAUAAAAUCUAAUUAUACAGUAGCUAGUAACUAUAAGUUGCGGUUGGCUCACUAGUUUGUUUGUUGAUAUUAUCUAAGUUAUUUUCGUUAUUAAUGUGCGUGGACAUGAAACCAUAAUAUUUUGGUUGGUUUAGUUAGUUAGUAAGUUAGUUAUUUUAUUUUGAGGUACUAAUUAAAUAUAUUUUAGUUGAUUUAAA